AUGUCGGACCAAGACAAAGGCAAAGCGCCCCAGCGCGAGAGUGCGUCCGAUUCUGGAGCCCCAAGCGAAAAGGGUUCCUCCACCUCGAAGAAUCUUCCUCCCAAAGCGAUAGAGGCUCUUCUGAAUAUGAACCCUGCAUUGAAGAGCGAGCUUGCUACUAUGGAUCCCGAGACCGCGGCUAAGACUAUCGCCAACCUCGACCUCGACCAAAUGUUGACCGGACUCUCAAUCAAUGGAAAGAACCAGAAGGAUAUGGCCUCCUACAAAUUCUGGCAGACACAGCCCGUACCCAGCUUUGAGGAUCAGAAGAGCAAAGAGCCUGUUGCCCAGGGCCCUAUUAAGAUUAUCGACCCGGAGCGGGUUCCCAAGACACCUGGCCCGCUGGUUGAGGGCUUCGAGUGGUGCACUCUUGACUUGACAAAUGAAGAGGAGCUUAAGGAGCUCUACGAGCUACUGAACAACCAUUACGUGGAGGAUGAUAACGCCAUGUUCCGUUUCAAGUACUCGCAGUCGUUUUUGCACUGGGCCCUGAUGUCUCCUGGAUGGCAGAAGGAGUGGCACGUCGGUGUACGCGCCUCGAAGUCGCGCAAGUUGGUUGCCUCAAUUUGCGGCGUCCCAACGGAACUCCGAGUUCGCGGCGAGCGAAUUAAGGUGACCGAGAUCAAUUUCCUUUGCAUUCAUAAGAAGCUGCGGUCUAAGCGCCUGACCCCGGUUUUGAUCAAGGAAAUUACUCGCCGUUGCUAUGUCAAGGGCAUCUACCAAGCCAUCUACACUGGCGGCAUCAUCCUACCAACUCCUGUGGCUUCUUGUCGCUAUUAUCACCGUCCGCUUGACUGGCUGAAGCUAUACGAGAUAGGCUUCUCGUUCCUUCCGCACGGUUCGACCAAGGCACGCCAGAUCGCCAAGAAUCUCCUUCCCAGCAAACCUGAAAUCCCGGGCUUGCGUCCCAUGGAGGUCAACGAUAUUGAUGCAGUCUACGAUCUUUUGGAGCGAUAUUCGCUCCGAUUCGACAUGAACCAGGCAUUCACUCGCGAGGAGAUUGAGCACUGGCUGGUCUUCAAGGAGCAGCCGGGUAAGGAUCAGGUUGUCUGGUCGUACGUGGUCGAAGACCCUGAGACUCACAAGAUCACUGACUUUGUCUCAUUCUACAACCUUGAGUCCACUGUCAUUGAUCAUCCUAAGCACGAGACUGUGCGCGCCGCCUACCUUUACUACUACGCCACCGAGACUGCCUUUACCGAGGACCAGGUCACACUCGCAGCGCGUCUGCAGCACUUGAUCAAAGAUGCUCUUAUCUGUGCAAAGCAAGAAAAAUUCGAUGUCUUCAACGCUCUUACCCUUCACGACAACCCUCUCUUCCUUGAAAAGCUCAGAUUUGGCGCCGGCGACGGCUCGCUCCACUACUACCUUUACAACUACCGCUGUGCUCCGAUCAACGGAGGUGUCAAUGACAAGAACCAGCCUGAUCCGAAGAAGAUGGGAGGCGUCGGCGUUGUCAUGCUGUAA